AUGAUUUCAUCAUCAGCGACGAUUCUUCUGAUUAUCAUUGAUGUCAUAUUGCCAAUGGUGAUUCCAUUCUCAAUCCAUCCAAGCUCGACGCAUUUGCUACACAUCCGCCUACGGCAGAAGCAAAUUCCUUACAAACGAGUUGAAACCAAUCCAGUUAACGUCGUGAUCAUCGUCGGACCCUUUCCUAAACUCGCUCACACGUCGCUUAAUCUAACUAAACCAGCUACACUGAAAAGCGAUUUGAACCAAGGUCGUCCUACAUUGGAUCAAGAAUCGUAUAACUUUCGUCAUUGUCUCGAAACGUGUGAAAUCUAUCAAGACGCAGAAUUCAAACCCGAUCAUAAUUUGAAUUUUCUAAUUCGCUCAAUUAUGGUAACAAAUCCUCAUGUCCAAAGUCGUGUGAAACAUUACGAAAUCUUAUUAUCGCGCGAAGUUGUCCUCCUUGAACGGCAGCGCGAACAAAACUUAACGACGCUCAAAAAACUCGAGCAAACCAUUCGCCAUGAGAAGGAGCGUCAUAGCGCCAAAAAUCAACAAAACCGAAAUGCUCACGCUUUGGAAAGAUCGCAGAAUAUUCGAACGCAAGGAUCAAACGAAAAGGCAUCCCCGUUCGUCCCGAAGUUUCGUCGUCUAUGUACGAAAGCUCAUCGUUUACCUCCGAUCACAAAAUCAUGUAUUCCGUCGACGGAACAACGCAUAACAAACGAACGAGUUCGCCGCUUGGACAAUGAAACCAUCGACAAAGAAAACGAAGAUCUUCAUGAUCUACUCCUCACGAUAACGAAUCAAUUAGCGAAGUACAGUGCGUCAGAAACAACAAAAGUCGAUAAACAAGUGCAUUCAUUUAUCGAAGCAUUACCCGAAUACAAAGGUGUUCAGCAAGGCUUUGAUAGUUUCGCUCCAUCGUCACUCUAUUCGACUCACGCGACCGUGGCGAUGAGAUGA